UAACUUAAGCAUUUAUUCCGCUGGGAUAGGAGCGGCAGGAGCGGCGCUGGCACCGGCGAGCCAUGGCUGGGAUUCUGUAUUUCGCCCUCUUCCCGCUUCUCUUUGGGAUCUGCGACGCCGUCACCGGCUCCAGGGUGUACCCCGCGAACGAAGUAACCUUAUUGGAUUCCAGAUCUGUUCAGGGAGAACUUGGGUGGAUAGCGAGCCCUCUGGAAGGAGGGUGGGAGGAAGUGAGUAUCAUGGAUGAAAAAAACACACCAAUCCGAACCUACCAAGUGUGCAACGUGAUGGAACCCAGCCAGAAUAACUGGCUCCGAACUGAUUGGAUCACCCGAGAAGGGGCGCAGAGGGUGUACAUUGAAAUCAAGUUCACAUUGAGAGACUGCAACAGCCUUCCAGGUGUCAUGGGCACUUGCAAGGAGACGUUCAACCUCUACUACUAUGAAUCAGACAACGACAAAGAGCGUUUUAUCCGAGAGAGCCAGUUUGCCAAGAUUGACACCAUCGCUGCUGACGAGAGCUUCACCCAGGUGGACAUUGGUGACAGGAUCAUGAAGCUGAACACCGAGAUCCGGGAUGUAGGGCCGUUGAGCAAAAAGGGGUUUUAUCUGGCUUUUCAGGAUGUGGGGGCUUGCAUCGCCCUGGUGUCAGUCCGUGUGUUCUAUAAGAAGUGUCCGCUCACCGUCCGCAAUCUGGCCCAGUUUCCAGACACCAUCACGGGGGCUGAUACGUCUUCCCUGGUGGAGGUUCGAGGCUCCUGUGUCAACAACUCAGAAGAGAAGGAUGUGCCAAAAAUGUACUGUGGGGCAGAUGGUGAAUGGCUGGUACCCAUUGGCAACUGCCUAUGCAAUGCUGGGCACGAAGAGCGAAAUGGAGAAUGCCAAGCCUGCAAAAUUGGGUAUUACAAGGCCCUCUCCACGGAUGCGGCCUGUGCCAAGUGCCCGCCCCACAGCUAUUCGGUCUGGGAAGGAGCCACAUCGUGUACCUGUGACCGAGGCUUUUUCAGAGCCGACAACGACGCCGCCUCCAUGCCCUGCACCCGCCCACCGUCUGCUCCCCUCAACCUGAUUUCAAAUGUCAACGAGACUUCGGUGAAUUUGGAAUGGAGCAGUCCCCAGAACACAGGUGGCCGCCAGGAUAUUUCCUACAAUGUGGUGUGCAAGAAAUGUGGAGCUGGUGAUUCCAGCAAGUGCCGACCCUGUGGAAGUGGGGUCCACUAUACCCCACAGCAGAAUGGCCUGAAGACCACCAAAGUUUCCAUCACUGACCUCCUGGCUCACACCAAUUACACCUUCGAAAUCUGGGCGGUGAAUGGAGUGUCCAAGUACAACCCCAGCCCAGACCAAUCAGUGUCCGUCACUGUGACGACCAACCAAGCAGCACCAUCAUCCAUUGCCUUGGUCCAGGCGAAAGAAGUUACAAGAUACAGUGUUGCUCUGGCUUGGCUGGAACCAGAUCGGCCCAAUGGGGUGAUCUUGGAGUAUGAAGUCAAGUAUUAUGAGAAGGAUCAGAAUGAGCGAAGCUACCGGAUUGUCCGGACGGCCGCCAGGAACACAGAUAUCAAAGGCCUGAAUCCUCUGACUUCCUACGUGUUCCAUGUCCGAGCCAGGACAGCAGCUGGCUACGGCGACUUCAGCGAGCCCCUGGAGGUCACAACCAACACAGUGCCUUCCCGGAUCAUCGGAGAUGGGGCCAACUCCACGGUCCUUCUGGUCUCAGUCUCAGGCAGUGUGGUGCUGGUGGUCAUUCUCAUCGCGGCCUUUGUCAUCAGCAGGAGACGGAGUAAAUACAGUAAAGCUAAACAAGAAGCAGAUGAAGAGAAACAUUUGAAUCAAGGUGUUAGAACUUAUGUGGAUCCCUUUACAUAUGAAGAUCCCAACCAAGCAGUUCGAGAAUUUGCCAAAGAAAUCGACGCCUCCUGCAUUAAGAUUGAAAAAGUCAUAGGAGUUGGUGAAUUUGGCGAAGUAUGCAGCGGGCGUCUCAAAGUGCCUGGCAAGAGAGAGAUCUGUGUAGCCAUCAAGACACUGAAAGCUGGUUAUACAGACAAACAGAGGAGAGACUUCCUGAGUGAGGCCAGCAUCAUGGGACAGUUUGACCACCCGAACAUAAUUCACUUGGAAGGCGUUGUCACCAAAUGUAAACCAGUAAUGAUCAUAACAGAGUACAUGGAGAAUGGCUCCUUGGAUGCAUUCCUCAGGAAGAAUGAUGGCAGAUUUACUGUCAUUCAGCUGGUGGGCAUGCUUCGUGGCAUCGGGUCUGGGAUGAAGUACUUAUCUGAUAUGAGCUAUGUGCAUCGAGAUCUAGCUGCACGGAACAUUCUGGUCAAUAGCAACUUGGUCUGCAAAGUGUCUGAUUUUGGCAUGUCGCGAGUGCUUGAGGAUGAUCCGGAAGCAGCUUACACCACCAGGGGUGGCAAGAUUCCUAUCCGGUGGACCGCGCCAGAAGCAAUUGCCUAUCGUAAAUUCACAUCAGCGAGUGAUGUAUGGAGCUAUGGAAUCGUUAUGUGGGAAGUGAUGUCGUAUGGAGAGAGACCCUAUUGGGAUAUGUCCAAUCAAGACGUGAUUAAAGCCAUUGAGGAAGGCUAUCGGCUCCCCCCUCCAAUGGACUGCCCCAUCGCCCUCCAUCAGCUGAUGCUAGACUGCUGGCAGAAGGAGAGAAGUGACAGGCCGAAAUUCGGGCAGAUUGUCAACAUGUUGGACAAACUCAUCCGCAACCCCAACAGCUUGAAGAGGACGGGAACUGAGAGCUCCAGACCUAACACUGCCUUGUUGGACCCAAGCUCCCCUGAAUUCUCCGCCGUGGUAUCAGUGGGCGAUUGGCUCCAGGCCAUUAAAAUGGACCGAUAUAAGGAUAACUUCACGGCUGCUGGUUAUACCACACUAGAGGCUGUAGUGCACAUGAACCAGGAGGACCUGGCGAGGAUCGGCAUCACGGCCGUCACACACCAGAACAAGAUUUUGAGCAGCGUCCAGGCGAUGAGAACCCAAAUGCAACAGAUCCACGGCAGGAUGGUUCCCGUCUGAGCCAGUACUGACUAAACUCGAAACUCUUGAAAUUAGUUUACCUCAUCCAUGCACUUUAAUUGAAGAACUGCACUUUUUUUACUUCGUCUUCGCCCUCUGAAAUUAAAGGAGAAAAAUAAAAAAUAUCCCGGCAGCGUUGCUCGGCAUCCAGAUCUCCGGAACCGUGGGGCUUACAGAAAUGACAGCCGUCGUUUGAAUUAGACCUGGAACAAAUUGUUUCUCAGAAGUGCUCCGUCCAUCACCAGUUUGUAAAAUACGCGUCCCUAUAUAAAUAGAACACCACCUCCGAGUUUUGAUGCCGCCUUUGCUGCCAGACGCUGAGCUUCUCUGAGACAUCCUUGAUCAUCUCUCCAUUGGGAGUUACAACUGCAGUGUUGUGUUUGUGGCGUCAAGGACCGUCCUCCUGCUUUCACUGGAACGAAUGCCAUGCCCAGGAACGUUGGGGAAGGACUCAGUUGGAGCUUUUAAGGCUUGGUUCCUACCGCGGGGAACAAUGAGGUGAAAAACCACCUGGCUCAUCAGUGUUGCUCCUUCAGUGCUCAGGCCACCUGGUGGCUUAUGAUGACAUAAGGGGCUGGAAAGAAAAGGAAAGUGGAUUUAAAAUAAUAAUAAUGAUAAUUGAUAAUAAUAAUAAUAAAAAAAAAACCCAAGCACCUCCCCCUCACUGGACAAACAAGGUCUGUUUCUUUGGGCCUGAGGCUGUGCCAUAUAAAGUCAUAUUUGGGGACUCUACGGACUUAUUGUAACUACCUUAUGGAUAGUGGACCGUGACAAUCUUGAAUAGGGAACUUUGACACUUCUCUCCUUUACAGAAGCAAACCCAAACCUAUAAGGGAGUAGAUUCCGCUAUCUUGGCCUCACAGACCUUCCUGUUGAUUACAAAGCCCACAGAAGAAAACAACACCCCCCCCCCCGACCCCAGUCCCUUCGAAAUGUGUUUCUUCUGCUUCUGCUCAGCCAACCCUGGAGCAAAGACACUGAUGAAACAAGACCCAUACCUGAAAAGAAUAAAGGUGUGACGUUCGAACCUGCUUUCCCAGUGAAAGAAACAGCAAACGUGCACAGUUUAGCGCGUGUUCUCCAGUUGCAUUGCGGAAUGUACUGUCUCGCGGCACCAGCUCUGCAGAGCCCUUGUUCCUAAACUCCUUGUGGUUUUAUUUAUAUGUAUUUCCAUAUCUCAUUCCUGGACGUCACUGCUGCCUUGGUGUGGCAGCGAGUGACCGAAGGCUACAGGUUUUACAACGGACACCAGGUUAGGUGCCACCACACGAAACAAAGCCAGUUCCCAUGAGCUGCCUCUGAUAUGCAUUGCUGAAGUAACAUUUUACCCAGGGUGUGCCAUUGCCGUGAUAUAAAUAUAUUUUUUUUCCUAGACUAAAUAUGAGCUGACUAUCUCUUUUGAUGUGUGUACAUAGGUGUGAGUGUGCGUGUACACGGGUGUCUGUGCGUGCGAGUGGAUAACCUCAUGCUUCGAACUGCCUGUGAAUGUUGUGGAAUGCUACACCUGGAGAGUUCUGGCUUCCCGCCAGAGUUCUGAGAUGAAGAGCCACAUGAGAGAGUAGUGGGCCUGGAGACCGCACCCGUCCCCUUAGAAAGACAGCCCGGAAAUGUUAAAUGUCCUGUAUCUAUAAGUGUAAUUUUGUAGCUGCCACACUAACCUUAAUAAGGAAUUCUACAGCUUUGGAUGGAGGCAUUUUCACCUUGGCAGUGGGUAAUUUUAGAGUAUCAGUCCAUUCAGGUGACAACCCGUCAUCCAAAUCACCAAUUGUGAUUGAACUUCUCAUCUGAAUCACCAGUUUCUUGAUGGAGAGAGAUCAGGGGAUGGAAUUUGUCUGGUAACCCCAAAUGGAAUAGAAGUAGCCUUUGUUUUCCUGCAUAAAUGGACUCGUUGAAUGCGAACAAAAUAUAUGCAAUUCAUAUACUUUCGGAGAUGAACGUAGACGCGUAUGUCAGCUUUGAGAUGAUGUGUCCUGGAUUAAUACUUUGUCUCUCAAUGUCACAGAAAAAUACAUGCCAGUGACUCUUGAGGUUAGCGUAGUUGGGAUUAAAUGUCCUCAAGCGUUUUCAGGUUCCCGAUUUACAGGAAGAGUUCUACAGUUAUCAAUAUGCAGCUAACUCCUAUGGCCCUUAGCCUUCUAGAAUCUGAGGUCCGGUGUGUGAAGAGUCAGUUCCGAUAGGAAACGUAUACCAAACUCCAGCCAACAUACUGCCAUUUUUCAUAAUCUGAGUGGCUGCCUUGCUUAUUCGAAUCUAUGGUUGCAGAAACUGUGGCCAAUCACAUAAGCUAUAACAUCAAAUCAGGGAAAAAAAAAAUGGGAAAAAAAAAAAGAUUCUGAACCCUAUGUUGUUGACUAAGUAGAGAAAAAUCAUCCAUAAAUAUUUAUUACAUUCUGACAGGGUGUGUGGCAUUGUAUUCUUAUAGCUAUGCCAGAGUGACAAAGUUAAUUCACCCCUUUUUGGGGACUUUAAUAUAUUUUUAAAGGGAUGUGCCUAUGCAUUGAUGCCUGAAAAAUAUGUAUAAAGAAUGAGGUUGAAUCUCUGAGCUGGUCAUCUUUCCCCAGAGGUCAGGGCAGGAGGCCGACUUCAGGGACUCUAUCUAGCCCCCUAAGCAAGUGCUGGCCUAGUGAGUUCGGAUGCUCAGUCUUGCUCAGAUCUUCCAUGUAGGCAGCAUUAAGCUGUUCCCCUGCACCAAAUCAAGUAGCUUCACCAUGUGUCUGCUGGCCCCAAAUUAUUUUUAACAGUCAUGGAUGAAAUGUUCUGGUGUGUUUAAGAAGUUAUUUUAAAGACAGGUUGUGCUCACUACACUGCUGGUGUGUGUGUUUUGAGAACUCUUGUAUUCAAUCUGUGAAGGAUAUGUGUAUUAAUCCAUACACGCUUAUAGCCUCAAUAUUUGUCUGAAGACACUCAAAUUCUGACCAAUAAAGGAAAGUUCUAGAAGCAAUAUUUUCACUUAUUUAACAUUCUCCAAACAACAUCAAGCAUUGAUACACACUGAAGAGUGCAUUUAUUUUUUGUAUCCAAGUAUGUUGGAAUAUGCAAGGACUGUGGUUAAAAUUAGAAUGUAUAAGGCAUAUUAUAAUUUAGUUCAUACCGAAAAGGAAAUUAACAGAACAUUGCUUGGUUCAUACAUGUUCCGAAAUUUGAGCGAUCUCUUGAGUUAGACAUAGAUUUUCUAUUUUGUUUUAUUUUGUCAAGGUAUUUUUCUUCCCUUCAUGAACUUUAGGUACACAUAACUUAUGUCAUUUAUUUAUGGUCUUUUAUACCUAGUUUGUAAAAUUGUAAAAUAGCAAACUAAAUGCAAAGAGUUUGCAUUUGAAAAUAAUAAAGUAGUUGCCGUAUACAGAC